GUUGCAGCAAAUGCCACUGCUGACCCACAAUUCACUGCAAUGACAACGUCUCAGAAACACAGGAGUUUCUGUUCUGAGCCAAUGGGGAAUAAAUUUGUACGAAUUGGUCGCGUGCUGGGUGGACGAUUGCAGAACAGGGGUAUAUUAAGAGCGCAAGACGUCCUGGGCCAUUUCCUGGUCCUGAACAAGGACGAGCAGAAGUUUAAGAGCUGGCUUAAAGACUCAUGUGGGGCAAAUGCGAAGCAGCAGAGGGACUGUUACAACUGCCUGGAAGAAUGGACAACCAAUUAUUUAUAAUUUAUUUUUAUUUUUAUUUUUUUUUUUUUAAAGCAAAUGUUAACAGGUUUAUAAGAUAGUGUUCGAUUAUACUGGACGUGAAUGUGUCAUAUUUUACACAUCUAUUAAACUUCUUAAAAAAUGUUAAAUCUUAUAUUGGUUUGUUAUUCUUUUCUAGGCGGUUUUGUGAUUCAUAGCUGUCCACCCUGUUACGCACUGCAUUGUUGAAGUGUUACGGGGUUGGAGAAUCACGUGGGAUGUGUUUUCUGUGGUUAUAACAAGACAAGCCGAAGAAAAGAACUUUUAAAUCAAAAUCAAGUCCAAAAUAUGUUGUGAUGUACUCCCGCGUUAAUACAGGGCGCGCUCCCGUGCUGCUCGAAAGCGAGGACUUCCUCUGCAAUAAAAAGCUAAGUUUCGUUUCUCGAGAAAGGGAAACUUAAGCAUUGCACGGUAUUCUAAAGCACACAAUUUACAAAUCCCGUUUUUAGCUUAUCCCGUGUAAACACGUUUGUUUUAAGUAUGCAAUAGAGUUAUCUGGUCAUCUUUUCUUACUCAAUCAUAUUUUAUUUUAUAAUAUAGGCUACUUCAUUAUUUUUAUUGGUCCAAGACAAAAAAAAAAAAGAUUCGAUCGCUUCCCGCUUUUUAGAAAACACAAGCUAUGUUGGAGGGGGGAAAAAAAGCUUUUAAUUCGUGUCAUUUUGAUUCCGGGAAAAAUCUCAUGAAUGCAAGUGUAGUCUAUGAAGACGAAACUUUGUGACAGGAAAUAAAAGAGGCGUGGCUUAUACGCUCUCAUUAGAAUGCAUUCGACGAGCAGAUACAAUAAAGGACAGUCUUCAUACAUGGCUGAAAAAAUGGAUUUACUGGAAGUCAGAAAAAUGAAUGUAGCCAUGAAAGAUGGAGAGUUGAGAGAAGAGAGCAGGACCACCACUGAAACAACACCAUCAG